AUGUCACUGGUCCUGACGCCGCUGCUGCCGGAGAGCCCGUUGUGGCUGCUGAGCAGAGGUCGUGCUGAGGAAGCGCUGCAGGCCCUGCAGAGACUGCGGGCAGCAACAGCCCCCGAGCAAGUCAAGGAGGAGCUGGACAGCUUCAGCAGCAGAGCGAGCGACACGCAGCAGACAACCUCCUGGCUCUCCACCUUCCACAACCUGCGGCAACCUCAGGCCUACAAGCCGCUUCUCUUCAUUAACGCCUUCUUCAUAUUCGUUCAAGGAUCUGGGGUUUUAAUACUUAUUUCGUAUGCUGUUAACUUUAGUCAAAUCGCACAGCUAGACGUGCAAGCGUACCAAGUGUCCCUGGCAAUAGCGGUGAUGAGGGUGGUCGCAACACUUCUGACAAGUUGGGUCUGCAACAGAUACGGCAAAAGAGGUCCUGCCCUUUUUUUUUGGAAGCGUGACUGCAGUGAGCAUUGGGGUUCUUGCCGCCACCGUUUACCCCUUCUUUACCCUCCCGUAUUGGAUGAUCACGACAGUUGUCCCUCGUCUAUGUGCUAUCCUGCUGCGUUGUGCUUCUCCUCCAUACCAUGGUCUAUGCUAGGGGAGAUCUUCCCUACAAAUGUGCGAGGG